UGGGGAUCAAACAGUACCGAGAGUGUGAGUGAGUUUGUUUAUUAAAUACAACUUCACUCUGCUGAUGCCGUUGCAGCUUCUUCUUGCUUGCUCAGAGAGAGAGAGAGAGAGAGAGAGAGAGAGAGAGCGAUGGGCAGCAACUACAACAGAAAAACAACAGGAGGGGUUUCAGUGCCUGUGGGGUUCAGAUUCCAUCCCACUGAAGAGGAACUGGUGAACCACUACUUGAAGAAGAAGAAACAGGAUAAAGAUUUUAAAGUUAACCACAUCAUCCCUGAAAUUGCUUUCUGCAAGCACGAGCCUUGGGAUUUACCUGGGCUCUUGUUCACAGAGCCAGACUCUCCAUAUCAUGAUAUGGAGUGGUUCUUCUUCAGCCUAAGGGAUUACAAAUACAUCAACAGCAAUCGCUCCAACAGGGCCACGCGGAAAGGCUACUGGAAAAUCACAGGCAAGGAACGUAUGAUCAGGGCUCGAGUGUCCAAAUUUGUCAUUGGGAGGAAGAGGACCUUGACCUUCUAUGAAGGUCGUGUGCCUAAAUCGAAGAAGACCAACUGGGUCAUGCACGAGUAUUAUCUCAUUGAAGAUGAAGCCAAUUCUAAUCCUAAGCUGGCACAGAGGGAUUUUGUUCUCUGUCGCUUGAAGAAAAAACCAGAUAAGAAGGAUACUUCAAUCUGUGCUGAGGGUGAACCUAGCAACUGCAGUUUGUCUAAUUGUGAAGAUCAAGUUGCAGCUGUUGUGACUCCAGAGUCACAGGAUCACAGCCCCUCCACGCUGCAAUCACCUGCAAGCAUAGAGCUGGGAGAUGUUCUGCAAGCCAAUGGCAUUAAUGAAGAUUGUAAUGAAAUGCAAUCUCCAUUUGGAGAUAAUGAGUAUCAUGUUACUGAUAACAAUGAUAUUUCAACCUGUGAUGAAGGUGAACCGCAUGGCUUCACCAUGUCUUAUUUUGAAAAUGAAGUCGCAGAUGAUAUGUCGCGAGAGCUAUAUGCUCAGCAAGAAAGAAACUUGGAUCCAACAUAUACAGAACUGGAAGGUUUUAUGUAUAUUGAUGCCUCUAGUUUUGAAAAUAAAGCUGGAGAGCUGCAAUGUGCUCAGCCAGAAAAGAACCUGGAUCCACGCUUUCAUCCACCUCAGCCACAUGAUUACUGCUCCUCCACACUGCAGUCACCAAUAUACACCGAACUGGGAAGUGUCCCACAUGCCAAUGUCUAUAACGAUCAAUGGCAAUCUACAUAUGAUGGCAAUGGACAAGUUAGAAACACCAUUGCUAAUUUUGAAAAUCAAACUACAUAUGAAAGGAUUUCAGAGGAAUAUCCUCAACAAGAAGAGAAUCUGGAAUUAAUCUUUCAUGCACCUCAGCUACAGGAUUACACACUGCAGCCACUAAUGAACACAGAAGUGGGAGAUGUUUUGCAUGACAAUAACUAUAUUGAAUGCAAUGAGCUUCAAUCUCCAGUUUGGAGUCAACUUCACGGCUCUGCUGCAUCUUCUCUGAAGCCAAAACAUUUGAUAAUCUUAUUCCAAUUUUCCAGAACAGUUGCAGGAGGGAUGAGAAGCACAACAACAGAAGAAUGGUUGCUUCCCUUGCUGCGUGGAUUCAGAUUCCAUCCCCCUGAGGAGGAAAUGGUGAACCUUUUGAGGAAGAAGAUGGAGGGCCAGGGCUCCCAAACCAUGCCUGAAAUCGAUUACGAGCCUUGGAAUUUACCUGAUAAUGAAUCAAUCUCACUUUUUCUUCGCUUCUUGAAGCAGAUGAUGCAGGGCAAGGCCUCCCAAGCCUGCCACAUCAUCCCUGAAAUCGAUGUCUGCAAGUACGAGCCUUCGGAUUUAGCUGAGCUCUUGUUCCCAGACUCUCCAUAUCAACCUAGGAUGUGGUUUUCCUUCAGCCGACCUCAUUACAAAUCCAUCAAGAGUCUUCGUUACAACAGGGCCACAAAGAAGGGAUUCUGGAAAAUCACAGGCAAGCCACGAGAAAUCAAGUCUCAACAACUCUCCAAAUCGGUCACUUGCAAAAAGAGGACCUUGACAUUCCAUGAAGGUCGUGUGUCUAUGUCGAAGAAGACCGACUGGGUCAUGCAGGAGUAUUAUCUCACUCAAACUGAACCGGGUUCUAUUCCCAAUCAGCUGAGUGACUUUGUUCUCUGCCGCAUGAAGAAUAAAUCAGCUCAUUAUGAGUCUGAUAAUAAGAAGCUGAAGGAUGAUUCAAUCUGUGAUGAAUCAGCUGAUCCUGGUAUUGGUGGCUACAUGACCUCUAAUUCUGAAGAUGAUCAAGCUCCUGCAAAUAAUAUGAUUCUGGAGGCCGAUAGACAUCUGGCUGACAAAGAGCUAGAACAUGAUCUGCCUGGAAGUGGCAAUCAUGAUGCUGGUGAACCUGGUGGCUGUGUUUCAUCUGAUUGUGAUGAUAUGGUUCAAGAGCUAAGUGCUCAGCCAGGAGAAUAUCUGGAUUUACCUUUUCCUCCACCUGAGCCACCUGAGCCGGGAAAUGCUUCUGUGCCAUCUCCAAUUGGGAAUAAUGAUUCUUCUCUUCCAAAUAAGAAUAAUAUUACAACCAAUUAUGACAGUAAACCAGUUAGCAACACCGCCUCUAAUUUCAAGAAUCAAACUAAAGAUGAAAGGAAGUCAGAGGUUUAUUCUCAACCAGAAGAAGAUCCGGAAUCAUUCUUACAACUUAAGCUAGACGAUUACACAUGGCUUUCGAGAAUAUUGCAGCCAGAACAGGGAAAUCUUCUGCAUGCCAAUAACUCUAUUGGAUGCAAUGAGUUGCAAUCUCCAUAUCCGGAGACUGCGGCUCUUUUCCCACAAUCUUCUUGAAUAACAAAAACAUCAUCAUAUACUCUUUUCAAUGACUCCAACCUACCAAAGUCAUUGGGAAGGGUUUAUGAUGGGGAUGAUGGAGUACAACAGUAAGACAAACACUGAAGUACUUCAUGGAAAAUAUAUUCUGCAUUAGCUAUUGGAAAAACACUCCAAUAUGUUUAAUGAACCACAACAUUUUAUUUAUGGGAGAAUAUCAAGGAGACUUAUAAACCAUGAGUCCUUGUAAGAAUGUGUCUCCAAUUCACAUUAUUACAGAGUGAUAUUCUCCUACAAAUAAUUCGAAGAUUUUUCUAAUAACUUCUUCGUAGUUUUGGACAUUUAUGUCCAAGACAAAAGACACAAGUUACUAGUUUGUGACAGACAGCAAUGGUUUUGGGCAAUUUGUCAAAAAUCGUUUAUGCGUGUGUAACUUGUUGGUACAAAGAAAGACCAGCAAAUACAAAUGGUUGAAAUGCCAUCCAGAACUCUCUACCCUUCUCCGAAUGCAACGAGUCCAGACAAACUAAAGACGUCUUUUCUCAGAAGCAGUUUUUUCGGAGACGUUACUUCCUCUUCCUCUAUCAGCACAAACUAGAGAUAUUUCUCAGAUCAGUAGACUUCUUCAACUAGUAUAUCUAUCCUACUAAUUGAAGAACAGACAACCUCCAUAUCAACCAAUAUCCAUUCAUGUCUUCACCGCACCCAUGGGAGAUGCUCCGAGAAGAAUCCGACUGCAGAGUGCCAUCACAAGACAAGGUCAGGGAAGCUGCAGCUCAUUGUAUUGCUGUUCAUACUGUUUGAAGCAGGCAUGGAAUGGGCAGCCGGCAGAAAAUUGAAGGAUUCUUUUAUUUUCCUCGAAGCAUCUCCUUCAAGCCAUAAACCAAGCCCCCCCAUGGUACAAUACUUCAACACCAAGUUCUAGUUCUAUAGCCUUACAGGCUUGCUUUUGUUCCUGUCACUAUCAAUCAUUAUAGAAGUGUCACUAUGCAGGAGCUUCUGCUACAUGGCUGCUGGAGUCUCAGUUUAUCUAUUAGUUCAACCAGACACUAGUGUGAUGUUAUGGUUAUUGAUAUAGAAGCUUUGAGCUCCGUCCUUAAUGGAGUAGUAGUUACUAGUUACAGUUGUUUCAAAAAUGUACGAUUUUUUUUUUUUUUUUUUAAAAAAAUCUUGAAGGAAACCUAUCAAUGACCUAUAUCAGUCUGAAACAUCCCACCCUUUACUACCAAAAAUUGUAUCCUUGUUAAUAUUGCUUUUGUUAUUACAUCCUCGUGAAUGUUGUUUAUUUCCAACAUUUCAAUGAUGAAUGGAAUAUUGUGUAUUAUUUCCUCUUUU